GGCGGUCAUUUUUGCAGCGCUUGGGUGCAUCCAGACCGUCAGAGCUUUGGGAGCGCUUUGUUUGGCGAGAGUCGGAAGGCGCGAGGGGAGGGGUCCUCCCGCUGAACAGUGGGGGAUCUAAGGGUCGGCGGCGGCGGGGUUGACGGCUUUGCCUAGGUCCCCGCGCCUGUAGCUGUCGGGUCCCGGCCCCGCUCUGCCCACAGACUCCGAUGGCUGCGGCCGCGCUGAGGGCCCCGACUCAGGUGAGCGCUGCCUCUACUGGGCCUCACCCUCCUUCAUCCCCAAAUUAGUGCCUUCUUGGGUCGCUACGGUCGAGAUCCUCAUGUCCAGUACAGUGGGGGCUCGUGGGUGGGGUCCCUAUUUCCAGAACUUGGGUGAUGAGGCACGGAAGAGGGUGACAGGCAAAGGGACCAGCGUUUCUAAACUCUUGGAGAUACAGUGAAGAAGGUUCAUACCUGGAGUGCCAAGGUUACUGUGUCUCCAGAAACACAUAUGGACCUCACAAAGGGCUGUGUGACCUUUGAGGACAUCGCCAUUUACUUCUCACAGGACGAGUGGGGACUUCUUGAUGAGGCUCAGAGACUCCUGUACCUUGAAGUGAUGCUGGAGAACUUUGCCCUUGUAGCCUCACUGGGUUGUGGCCAUGGAACAGAGGAUGAAGAGACACCUUCUGACCAGAAUGUUUCUGUAGGAGUGUCACAGUCAAAGGCAGGUUCAUCCACACAGAAGACUCAAUCCUGUGAAAUGUGUGUCCCAGUCCUGAAAGAUAUUUUGCAUCUAGCUGAUCUCCCUGGGCGGAAACCAUACUUGGUUGGAGAAUGUACAAACCAUCACCAGCACCAGAAGCAUCACAGUGCAAAGAAAUCCUUGAAGAGGGACAUGGACAGAGCCUCAUAUAUGGAGUGCUGCCUAUUCCGUAUGUCAUUGAAGCCCUUUCGCAAAUGGGAGGUUGGAAAGGACCUCCCAGCCAUGUUGGGGCUUCUGAAGUCCCUGGUCUUUCCUGGAGGCAAGAAACCCAGCACAAUUACUGAAUGUGGAGAGGACAUUCGCAGUCAAAAAAGUCAUUACAAGUCAGGUGAAUGUGGGAAGGCUUCCAGGCACAAACACACUCCUGUUUACCAUCCAAGAGUCUACACUGGAAAAAAGCUUUAUGAGUGUAGCAAAUGUGGGAAAGCCUUCCGUGGCAAGUACUCACUUGUUCAGCACCAGAGAGUCCAUACUGGAGAAAGGCCUUGGGAGUGCAAUGAAUGUGGAAAAUUCUUUAGCCAAACCUCCCACCUGAAUGACCAUCGGAGAAUCCACACCGGAGAAAGGCCUUAUGAGUGCAGCGAAUGUGGAAAAUUAUUUAGACAAAACUCCAGCCUUGUUGACCACCAGAAAAUACACACUGGAGCAAGGCCUUAUGAGUGUAGCCAGUGUGGGAAAUCCUUUAGCCAAAAAGCCACCCUUGUUAAACACCAAAGAGUUCACACUGGAGAAAGGCCUUAUAAGUGUAGUGAAUGUGGGAAUUCCUUUAGUCAAAGUGCCAUUCUUAAUCAACACCGAAGAAUUCACACUGGAGCAAAGCCUUAUGAGUGUGGCCAAUGUGGGAAAUCCUUUAGUCAAAAAGCUACCCUCAUUAAACACCAGAGAGUUCACACUGGAGAAAGGCCUUAUAAGUGUGGUGACUGUGGGAAAUCCUUUAGUCAAAGCUCCAUCCUUAUUCAACACCGGAGAAUUCAUACUGGAGCAAGGCCUUAUGAGUGUGGCCAGUGUGGAAAGUCCUUUAGCCAAAAGUCUGGUCUCAUUCAACACCAAGUGGUUCACACUGGAGAAAGGCCUUAUGAGUGCGACAAAUGUGGGAAUUCCUUUAGCCAAUGCUCCAGCCUCAUACAUCACCAAAAAUGUCAUAACACAUAGAGGCAUCAUGAAUGCAGCAAAUGUGGAAGCGCCUUCAACUCAAGAUCUAUCAUCAUUUAGCUCCUGAAAGUCCACACUUAAGUAGAGCCUUAGACCUACAGGGAAUGUGCUGUCCCUGUAGUAUUGUAGCAGUAGAGAGCCUUUGUGAGGGAGCCAUCUGCCUGAAAUUGAACCUCAUUCUUCCUUGUUUCUCUGGUAGAAACCGUCUACCCUCUACCACCUUGCACAGUGGGCAAUGGUCACCCCUAUGUGCUAAGACAAGGCAGACAUCUGUGUGUUCUCUUGUCUUUGGAGGAAAUCUUGAGCAAUCUAAGCCAUUAGAGAAAAUUCAUUCUUUUUUCUGACUGAUCACAGCAUACAUGUGACCCAGUUUUGGUCAGGAGGGCCCAGCCUUGGUUCUGCUGGACACAUGUGCAAGGAUUCCCUUCAUGUAAAUUCUUGGUCUCACAUGACACUUGGUCAUCCUUCCAGCCUCCAAGUCACCAUGUGGUGAAUGGCUGCCUCACAUUGCUCCAGUUUGUGCACUAAUAAAAGCCUUAUAUUUGAAUCUA